UGAAAUAUGAUAAGAGCGAAAACAUUCCGAUAAGACAGAAAACAAGGAACCCAAAAAUCAAAUUUUUAUAAACUUCGACGUGUAUGAUGCGGUUAGUCCAUUGACAAGAGGUGCAAAGAUUGAUCAGUUUCAGCCAGUCGACCGUGACCCAUAAAGUCUGAAUUGUGACCGGUUUCCGCUGCUCGAGCUGUGAGGGGGGAAUGCAGACCACUGAGCUCAAUUCAGCUUCUUUUCAGUCUUUUGGGGUAGCUUAUGUGAACUAAUAGUGGAGAAAGUCAGGCCACUGGAUGAAAUCAUAUGUCGAGAAAAAUGUCGCGUUUUCUAAUUCGCUUCUCCUCUAUCGUUACCAACGGAGCGACUGUCAAAUCAAUUUUACCUCAGAAGAGGAUAUUUGUAGUGAUUCGGCUGGUGUCUACAUCAAUGGGUUUGCAGUCACUGACACGUUAUGACCAGUCCACAGAUUGGCAGAGGAAGCUGACUCCAGAACAGUAUGUUGUUACAAGAGAAAAAGGCACAGAGGUGUGUGAUGCCCAUCUUGGACACGUCUUUGAUGAUGGUCCAGAUCCGACUGGCCUUUUUUGGCAGGAAGACCCAAGUGAAUAA